UAUCAGUGUUGGUUUCUCUAAUGAAUUCUACUGUCAAUUGGGAAGAGAGAAAUAAGGCAGCUGCCUUGAAGAACGCAUAUGUUUUGAUGGGUAGGCAUCAACCUGGAAUUGGCUGGUGCUUUCUUUCUGCUUGGAGGUGAUACUUCUUCUGCUGUCAGUAUUUGUGCGAAGAACCUUGGGGAUGAAUAGCUUGCUGUUGUAAUUUGCCGGCUUACUGAAGGGCGUGACGGACCAUUAGAGAGACACCUAAUUUCAAAGUCUCUACUACCAUUUGCAACUGAGAGGGGGGACUCCUGGUUAGCUAGCCUUCUGGAGUGGGAGCUGGGAAACUACUGUCAAUCUUUUAUAAAACUGCUUGGACUCCAGAUAAAUUCUGCAACAGAAAUGUAUGCUACUUUAUCCAAUGGUGGUGCUUUUUCAGACCCAAAUGUUGGCCUGUAUUGUCAAUUGCUAACAACCAAGAACAGCAUGAGGAAUGGUAUAGGGGAGCGAAAUACUGCAAUCCUCGGUAGGUGGGCAGCAUUUAUGACAGCUAGUGCCUUAAAGAGAUGUGGACUUCCACUCGAAGCUUUGGAGUACCUUUCAUCUCCCACAACCAAUGUUGGAGACACAAAUCAAGGGACUGUAUCAGAUAUUGGAGAUUUUGAGAAGCUUCAUGAAAUUCUGAAUCCUUCUCCAAAGAAUUCUUCAUAUUGGUUUUCAAGUAAUGUGGCUUUCCAUCUGGAGUUCCAUGCCCGAUUAGAUUUGGCACUUCAAUACUUUUCAACGUUGAUAAGAGAGCAUCCAAGUUGGCCAGAUACUGUUUUUGCAUCUUUCGGAGCUAAUUCACAUACAAAUGAGUGCGAGAAUCAUGAACAUGUAAUCGUUCUUCAGAGUUUCCACCAGAAACUACUCACAGCAGUUCAUCACUUGGAACAAAAGUUUUCAGUGGUUGCUAUUGAUCUGAUGAGCAUGGUACAUUCCCAGACUAUGAUAUUAAGAUGUUUAAUUAGCUUAUCUCGAUCCUUGUUUCUCCAAAAGCUUCGUCGCCGGAAAACCACUCGUUGACCGUUCACACUGUGUUGAAGACGAAGACCACCGCAUCCGGUAAGCUCUGGUCAACAAGAAACAGCUCCCUGCUGAACUUAUCGUUCAAGGAAAGGCUGCAACUUUUCUUGAUAUGAUCCUCACUGAUUUGCUCUCCAAGUCUCAAACCAGCCAUGUUUCUGAACUCUUUGUAUUGAUUUGGUAAUAAU